AUGGUUCCUCUCAGGAAUUGCCUCUUCCUCGCCCUUGUGGCAUUCUUUGGCCUUUUGGGCCUCACCCUUGCCACGCCGACGGAAACUGGCACCAUCUCUGUGCCAACAGAUGCCACCACUUCCGCACCACUCUGCGACAUAUCCUUGUUCGUGGGUCCCCCAAUCAUGUCGGUCGCCACCACUACCACUACGACAGCCAUCGCACCCACUACUACAGUCUACUUCCACGAUGGUCCUGGUGGCUUGAAAGCUGAGCCUACGCCUGCCCCACUCGAUUUCUUCUGCGACCCGGAUUCCUGGAGAAAAUCCAGCGUGAUUGAUUGUUUCGGUACGUUUAAGACGCUGCCCAUCUCAUACAACAUCAUAUCCAAAAGGGAGUUCAAGGUUUUCAUGGCCAAUCAACCCAUGACUGGGCAGUUCUUCGGCGACUCCGAGAGCUAUGGCCCUCUGAUAAAGAUGGCUACAAACAGAGAUGAGAUGACUGACGAAGGCGUUCUUUGCGAGGCGCUUAUGCGAUUCGAGGGCAACACUCCACAAGGCCGGAAGUGCUGGGGAACCGUUGAGAAACAUGCGAGCUUGUUUUGGUAUCGCUUGAUUUCCUGGGAGGAUUACGAAAAGUGCAUGGCGGAUUUCUCUAGCCCGUAUAGCUGCCCACGGAAGGAUCUGAGCCCGGCCCCGGUCGCCACUACCUGGCCUCUCAGUUUCCAGACCACGCCUAUCUCUACUAAUACGGUCAUCACCGUGCCCACGAGUGCGAUUCCGACGCAAACCAGCAUGUGGAUGUCCCCGGCAUCACCAACGGCCUUCGUCACGCGGACUGUGGGGCAGAAACCAGAACCUACAAACGCCCCGCCGUGGACAAGUGAGCUUUAG